GCGAUCUCUUUAUAACCCAGCCAUACCCUCCUCAACUGCGACCUCAACACAUGACCUCGUUUGAGGGACUCCCCACUUUACUUAGUUUCCGUUUCUUAGAGAGUUCCCAUGUAUCGCUUUCUGUUCCUCUCUCUCUUGUCUUCUCUCACUAGCGAGCUACCUCCAUUGGAGACACUCCUGAGAUUGUGCGCUUUCUUUUCUUGUUAAGAGUCGUCAUCGUCGUACUUGACUCGUGCCGAUAUGGCCGUGGUUAAUCACAUACCCACACUUCCUGGGUUCAGAAUCCCAGCGAUCAUGCCGUGCUUUCACGGGGUCGCACCUGAAUUGACAACGCCAGCGUUCGAAGACAAGAUUUAUGUCGCGCCUGGGAAGGAUGUGAAAGAGGGCAAAGUGAAGCUUGUUUGGACAGUGCAUCGAUCAGGAGGCCACGUCAAGAUCUGUAUCAUUCAUGUUCUAGUUCCUUCACAGACGAUCCCCAUGAGAGGCCUGGGUGCCCAAAUCCCCGCGAGCUCGGCGAACGAGAUAAUGUUGAAAGAACACAGAGAAAAAGAGAGGAUAAACAUGCAUAAACUCUUGGAUACCUACGUGCGCGUUUGUGAAAAAAUGGGGGUACAGGCAGAGAAAGAGUACAUAGAGUCAAAAAGUGUUGAAACGGGCAUUGUAGAGCUCAUUCGUUUGCAUGGGAUAAAAAAGCUUGUAAUGGGUGCAGCAGCAGACAAGCGCUAUUUCAGUAAGAUGACAGAAAUCAAGUCCAAGAAAGCCAUCUUCGUUCACAAUGAAGCACACAUCUCUUGCCAAAUUCGGUUUAUCUGCAAUGGGCACCUCAUUCACACAAGGGAAGCUAGGACGGUUCAAGCUGUUGCAGAAGUUCCUACUGGUGCGCCAUUGCCAACGACUCGAACCCAUGGAACCGAAAGGUCGAUUCUCUCGCAAUCACGAUCCAACGCACUCCAGAGUGGUACGGCAAAUUUGAGCAAUCCAAUACAAGACUUUUUCAGAAGACCAUUCUCUUCCAACGUGGACCGACGUGCAGUGAUGCCAACAACUUCUCCUUGCCCAGAUAGCACUCCUUCAGUGCAGCCUAAUGUGGUGAGCAUGCUGGAGAGGCCAGACAAUUUCCAGGAACCUGAACCGGUUUCAACGAGUCUUUCCCAUCGGCCACAGUUGAUUCAGUCAGUCUAUCAUACCGGCGAGUCAUCACUUUCCAACACUCUGCAGAAGUAUCCAUUAUGUGCUGAGAAAUUGGAGGAAGAACUUGAGAAGAUGAAGGAUCAGCUAUACAAAGUGAUGGAAGAACCUCACACAGCCCAGGAGCAGAAAUUGCGACUCGAUAGCCAAUUCGCAGAGACCUACCAGAGCAGAAAGGAAUCGGAGCUAUUGCAGACAGACCACGACAAAGCGCGCCAAAAGACCAAGGAAAUGAGCAGAAGACAAGGAGAUUUCUCGGGCACAAAGUACUUUUCCGAGUUCUCUAUGACCGAAAUCAAGGAGGCUGCACAAAACUUCGACCCGUCCAUGAAAAUCGGAGAAGGCAGUUGCGGGAGCGUGUAUAAAGGUUUCCUUCGACAUACGCCGGUGGCUAUAAAGAAGAUGAAGUUUUGUAGCUUGCAAGGUGCACAACAAUUUCAACAGGAAGUGGAUGUGUUGAGCAGGGUGAGGCAUCCUAAUCUCAUCACGCUCAUCGGCGCUUGUCCCGAGCCCUGGACUCUUGUUUAUGAGUAUUUCCCGAACGGAAGCCUCGAAGACUGGCUCAACAGCAGUAACAGAGCAGAGCAGCUGUCGUGGCGAGCCCGGAUACGCAUUGCCACGGAGCUGUGUUCCGUCCUGGCCUUCCUCCACUCUUGGAAGCCUUACAGCAUCAUCCACGGGGAUGUCAAACCGGGGAACAUUCUUCUGGACACGCACCUCGGGAGCAAGCUCAGCGAUUUUGGCAUCUGCCGAUUUCUGUCCAGUGGUGAGCGGUCAAGCAACAACACCACAGUCCUGUACACAACCGACCUGAGUGGGACGCCCGGGUACAUGGACCCCGAGUUCCUCGUCACACAAGAGCUCACAACAAAGUUCGAUGUCUACUCUUUCGGAAUUAUACUGCUGCAGUUGUUGACAAGGAGGCCCGCCUUCAGAAUAGCGAAGGAAGUGCAAAGGGCAAUUAGCGCAGGGACUUUGGAGGCCAUCUUGGAUCCAUUGGCUGGAGAGUGGCCCUAUAUGCUGGCCAAGGAAUUGACUCAUUUGGGUUUGAGGUGCUGCGAGAUGAGCAGGAGAAAUAGGCCUGAUCUCCGGUCAGACGUUUGGAUGGUGCUCCAAUCUAUCGGAGCUUCCUGUCGAUAAACCUAGACUUCCAAAUACAUGUUGUCUAUGUGUGCUUUGAACUUCAAUUAAAGUUGACUUCACCGGUCAUGCCUGGCAGUCGUCGGCGAGUACUGGCCAGUUUGUGUAUAUGAACAUAGAUUUUUUGCUACAUCAUGUGUUAAGCUAUCUUGUUGAAAGUUUUUCCUGCGUGUACCCACCAUUGCUCUUAUGAAUAGAUCUCCUUUUGCAUUAA